AGAACUCCUACGUGAGAGUACUGUCCCCUGAGCAAGCUACUGUCUGCGUGUUGUUGCUGAUGCUGCUGUUGAUGCUACUGUUCAUCAGUAGGCCACAGUGACUGAUUAUUUUAACGUGAACAGGAUGCACAAAGUGGAAGGCUUAUUGUAAGAUUAGUGUUAUCAACACUUUUACCUUUAAUAUUACCAAGAGUUUAUAAUGAGUCACCAGAAAUUGUGAAAAUGUUGAUAACAUGAUUCUGGGAAUAAAUAAUACGUCUGUCACUUUACCGGUUGGGAUAUCCCAGUCCAGCGAAAUUAUCUUGCCGCGACAGUUGCAACAGCAGUUGGGCAGAGAGAUUAAAAGCUUUCUACUGGAGGAUUUACUGCCUUCUCGUCCCACAAUGACAAGUGAUGGUCAUCACAAGACUUUCGAUCUUUUACAAAGCAAAAGAUACAGAACUUUACUACUGUGUUUGUUGAUGACAUACGAUCACACAAACAUUAUAGACAGAUACAAAAUCACUAGUGAAUGUAUUGGCAGCAGAGAGCAAAGCAUCUUCGGUAAUAAGUGGGACAUAUUUAAAAGGGAUAAGGAUCACAGAACAUUUAAAAAGGCUUUAUUGUUUGCACAAAAUAUAUCAGUGGUUUCUAAACAUCAUGUAAUGACAGCGAAAACACAAAAAAUUCAUUCACACAAAUACUUGCAUAAAACUGCUGCGAAAUUUAAGAGAAGACUUCUCAAUCAACACAUUCUGAAUUAUGUUUUUGACCAUAACAGCACCAGAGAUGCUUCAGGACUUGAUAAUGAGACGACAAUGUCACCUUCCCAAAUAUACAUCAGAGGAAAACGCUCCUUAGAACAUCCAGUACGGAAGAUUAAAUAUAAAAGCAGAUUACCAGUUGUUUUAGAAGAUGCUGCAACAAUAUCCAGAGCAAAAUUAAACAGCACAAGAAAUGUGAAUAAAACUGAAUUGGACUACCAUUUUGCACAAAGGUUUUCGCAAAGUCACCCAAGCAUGACCACCAGCCAAAUGAUAACUGCUGGUCCGCUAAAGCAGUAUCUGGGUCUGGAUGGAAAUCCCUUCAAUAUGACACAGUUUAAGGAGAUGCUAAAGAAGCAAGCCCUCAUUCGUCAUGUGUCACAUGGUGCUGAAAUGGCAUACCUGUGUCUAGUCGGGCUUAUAGUUGCUAUGUUGUGGACAAUCUGGUACUUAGGUGGAUUUGCACGCUGUCAUUAUCAGCCAAAACACCAUGUGUACUUUUCAGAGGAAGAUAAUUAUCUAUCUGUAAGAGAGGUGCUGGAAAAAAAGAGGCAGUACUUGCCAAUGUUUAAAGGAAAACCAGAAUGGGAGGAUGUUCUAACGUGUAACCAUAGAACUAAUCCAUGAAACUGGUUCCUUUCAUGCGUAUCUGAUUUGUGCUACUUAAGUAGCAACUAUAGAUUUAUUUCUUGUUGCAUAGUAAAGUACCAUUUAUAAUUUCAACAUAAAAUUAAAUGAUGUGUUAUUAAAUAACAGUGAAAGACAUAUUGCAUUUACUUCAAAGCAACAUCAUAUAAUUUUACUUAGUGUAAGAUUAGGAAUUUUAAUUCCUUGAUAUUUAUGUUUAAACUCAAACAGUUCCUCCAAUUUAAAGUUGCAAUAUGAGUAUAAAUGAUUCAUACUGUGCUCACACAUUGCUGAUCAAAAGUGCUGUUAAUAUGGCAUGCAAGUGGUUGGUUUAUUUCUUGCAGAUUUAUGCAUCUUAGCACUGAAAACUAUAAAGUGGUCAGCAGUUUUGUUCACAGGAGUACUUUGUGAAAAUGCAUUAAUCUUGGGAGGUCUGCUGGAAUAGUGUCCAUAUUUCUGUAUAAGCUUUUCAACUGUUUCAAACUGGCACACUAAAGUGUUUAACAUUUUUCUCCAUGAUGACAUACAUAGGUUUUGGAAAUGUUUUGAGGUUUAUGUUUUUUUUACACAUUUGUGGAUACAUCAGCUGGAUGUUGAUACUGUGAAAUUGGGAAUAUCUGUAUUUUUUGCAAUAAGCAUCAAGGUCUGCGUCAGUAGAAAAGUGAUAAAGAUUUGUCUUUGGUCUUUAAAGUUUAUUUCUAAUAUAUAUUAACACGUUUUAAAUGGUGUACUGUUCUUAUGGCAUUUUUGUGACUUUAGUUGAGCAUUUAUUAGGAUUCUGCUCAACUGGAUAUUGUUAUUUAAUCUAAAGCUACUAUGCAUAUAAAUAAUUUGUUAUUAAUCUAUAGCUUUAAAUGAGAUUGCAGUCAAAUUAUUAAUUUAUGUGAUUUAUUGUAUUUAUGAUGAUAAUUUUAACAGUUGCUUUUUCUUAAUUUUAAGGAUGAUAUUGUCUGGCAUUCUGGAAAAAACUAAGAAGGUAAGUGAAAUGGGAAAAUUAGUGCAAAAGAAUUCCUAGCUGCAUAAUCUCACUGCCUUCCAUGGUCUCACUCUGCAUUUCUUAUACAUGGAUUGAUAGAGUGACAAAUUUCUUUCUCUGCAAGGUAUUGCUGACAUCCCUUUCUUAAGUACAUCUUAUGUCUUUUUUACCAUUACCUAGAUGGUUGCAUCAGUUAACACUUGUUAAAAUCUAGUCAAAAAGAGCAGAAUGUAUUCAAUGACUGAAAAUGAAAAUAAAGUGUUAUGGCCGUUAGUGUGUCCUUAAAAUCUAGAACUGGUGUGCCAGAACUGAUCUCUUCAUAAGGAAAGCACAAUAAAAAGCAGCCAUACAUCAAAGCAGUUUCCUCAAAUACUUUCAAAGACAGGUCAUUAUUUUUUUAAUAAAGCAUAAAUUGACAGUUUUUAAAAUUAUUAUUUUUAUGUCAAAUUUUCCAAAUCUGUUUAAAAAAAUUUAGCAUAGAGAAUUGAGUGUUAGCAGUUGUUUAUAUGGCUAAGAAUUUUCAUUUAAUAUUAAGCGCCACUCCAAUAUAAUAGUGAAUGAAAGAAAGACUAGUAGAAAAUGGACACGGGUGCCAUUUGUCAUAUCAUUGUUAUACAUCGUGAUACAGUUGGCCAGUUUAUAAAAAUGUGAGUUGCUUAGUGCCUUUGUUAGUGCAGGAUUGUUUUUUGAUAGCAGGCAAACACUAAGAAAGUGUCAGAAGUUGACAUCCCAUACAUUUUCAUUCACAAAAUUUUUAAGAGAAUCAAUCUUCUUGUGCAAUUUUGAGACACCGUCAUUGUAUUUCUUUUUAUCUCUGUUACACUCAGAAAACUAUUAUCAGCCCCAGAAUGGAAUAUUUCUGAUGCAGUAUUAGUUUGUGCCUGUAAUAACAAUGUGGGGAAAGAGCUUAAGUAAAUAUAUUCCAGGCCUCAGCUACAUAGUUACAGAACUUUUGUAUUUUCAACUUUUGGCAAGAAGCUGCAUAGUGUGUCAUCUGUAAGCAAUCAUGGCUUUGCACAUAACAAAGUUAACUUUCUAUAGAGUUUGCACCACUAAAUGCGAAUGUCAUCAUAGUUACAGCUUACUUGCAACGAUACACCUAACGAACUAAAACAUAACAACUGCGCAAAUCAGAGUUUAUGUGUUUUAGAAGCAACUUUUUGUAUCCAUUUAGUGACACUGGGAAAGCCACCUUAUAGACAUAAAACACGCCUGUUCAAGCCAGAGUUUAUUGGUGUGUACUUUUUUGUUGCACGUAAUUUUGCAAUUUUGGUAAUGGCUUUAACUUUGUGUUUUUAUGUAGUAUGCCUACAUAUGAGUAAUCUCUUUAUGAGACAUGAAAUUCUAUGCAUUAUAAUUGGAAUCCUUUUAAUGUGAUUCAUUGUGAUCUAAGACAGUAUGUCUUUCAUGAAUAGCUGUGUUUUACAGGAGUUCUUUUAAAAAUGUAACAUUUGCUUAUUUCAUUUACCCUUUACAACUAUUAGGCUUCAUCCACCUGUUUAUUUUUGAGAUGAUUGUUGGUAUUGCUUUACCUGUCUUACAGUUGCUAAACUAAUAUAAUGAAAUAUAGUCUUAUUAUUUGAGAGCAAAUAGAGGAUUUUAUUCAAUUUAACAUGCAUCUCAAGAUGUCUGGAGAUCUCUAAAGUGGUAUAGCGAAGAGUAACUUUUUUUAUACUGUGUUUGGAGUAAUUUACGUCUGAUGUAUGAAAGCAUCAUUCCUUUGACACUACAUGUAAGAUUUUAAACAGCACAAAUGACAUAAAAAGAAGUUUUUCUGCUUCUUCUUAAAUAAUGGCAAUAAAAUGUUUAAGAAAUAUGAAACAAAGUUGUGCAACUUUAUUCCCAAACAUUAAAAUUUAAAUAAUCUUAGCUUUAAACAUAACAGACACUCUUUUCAUGCUUUUAUGUCUUUAUGUGAUUGCAAUUCUCAUGAAAUACAAGAGCUAUUAUUUCCUAUACAGGUAGUCUUUGUAAAAUGGCUUUAUGAAAUUACAUAAAUAAUAAAUUUAUUCAUGAUGUUGCUUCUUUUCUUGUGGGAUAUAAGGACAUUGUUCAAAUUUGAACAAAUGUUUAAUGCUUAAGUCAAAGAAGGAAUAAAAAGAUUGUUAACAAGCAUAAAUUUGGAGUCAUGUAUGUGUUCGUGUGCAUGAAAUCAUGCGGAAAAAGCAUUGCCAAAAGUAUUUUUCUGACAAGCAUUUAGCUGGCAAUACAAAGACAAGUUCCUCAUUAAACUACAGCAAAGGCCAUUCAAAGAGAUUUUAUUAUUCAAAGCAUAAUACUAAUAAGCUAAAAAUGUUUGUUGGAACAUUUUGAGCUUUAACACACAAUCUUUGCCAUUUUCCAUAGACUUUUAACAAUAUUUCAAAAAAGGUUUCUGCCAGUAUCAUAUUUUGUAACCAGACAGAGCAGUAUAUAUAAAUUGUUAUUUCUGUCCUCUGUAUUUUAUUUCUGCUUAACAAUAUGUUCUGGGCUGAAAAAAAUCAUAACAGUAAAAUGCUGUACUAUAAUAUUACACAAUGUUGAUAUAAAUCUCACUCCUAUAAUUCUGAAAAGUAUCUUGGAUCUUUCAAAGUAAAAUCUCAUUUUUUUAAACAGUUACAGGCAAAUAUGAGUUUAAAAAAUCAGAAAAAUGCUUGAAUAAUGUAGUGAACAACAAAUGCAAUCUUCAUAUAUAAUUAUAUGCCAAGAGUUUACAUGUCCAUACAUCUAGUAUGAAUGUGAUGAACAUGCAGGUUUUUUUCAAGAGAUGUCCAGCAUGCAUAAAAAAACCCAAG